UUGACUAUGUAUAUGCAUGGAGAGAUAAAAGCUCCGUGGGCGUAUGAGUUUCCUUUUCUUCAUCUCUGCAAUCAAGCCGCCAUUAAUCUUUCUGUAUAUCUUCCCUUAAUCUCUUGAGUUAAUCUCUUCGCAUCGUCGUUAUCUCUCUCCCACCUUUCUCUCGUUUGUUUCCGUAUUUAUUCCUCAAAACCCAAAAUCAAUCUUUGGAGUGUUAAACCCAAGAUCUUCUUCUUCUUCGGUUCUGAAUCAUGGACGCGACUCAGAGAAACGCGAACGGCCGUUGGAUUCCGGAGACGGUGACGCAGCCGGCGCCGGCGAGCAAUGCAGGUCGUGGAAUGCUGUCAGUGCCUUCCAUCGAUUUCCCCUACCCAUAUUUCGGAGCUCAGUGGGUUUCCCCUCUCGAUGGUCUGGAAGCCCUAGAAUCCAGAUUUUCCCGGGUGGGUUUAUCCGAUUCCAACGUUCCCCAUCAUCAUCCGCAAUCGCAGCCGCCGCUAUGGAACAGUAAACACUUGAAUCAGGGCUUUGUCGACAGACGGAUGAACACCGUCCGUGGUUACAGGGUUUCUCUGGAUUAUCGGCUAGAGACGGAGCGUGAACGGAUGAAUCGGUUGCAUAGACUUCGGUAUCAGAACGAUUACGCUAAUGGGUCUUUCCGGUUUGAUGCUUCUAGGGAUAGUAGCAGUAGCAGCAGCAGUAGUAGUCUCAUGGGUCAGGAUAGGGUUCUUAGGAAUGGCUUCCGCAAUGGUAAUCUAGGAGAGGUUCCUUAUCGGUCAAGAAAUAGCGCCACGGUUCAGAGGCCGACACAAUUCGAUUUCGCGGCUCUGGUGAAUUCUCAGGGAGAUAUAGUGAGGAUAGCUCAGCAUCGAUCGUACAGUAGUCACUUGCGUAAUAGCAUCAAGAAUGGAUCGAGAGAUAUGUUUAAUAUGAUCUUCGACGAGGUUAUCCCUCAUAUCUGUCAAUUGAUGGUUGACCCUUUUGGCCAUAAUGUUGUUGACGAGCUUGUUGAGGGAUGCUCUGAAGGACAGAUAACUCAGAUUCUUGAUUUGCUAACGAGGUGUUAUUUUCAGCUUAUUUUCAUUUGCAACCAGUCGCACCGGGCUCACACAAUACAAACAUUCAUAAGGUGUCUAAAGUCUCCACAGCAAAAACACAGAUUCAUGACUGCGAUAAGCCGCAUAUCACUUCAAUUGAUCAAGAACGCUAAUGGCUGCCAUGUGAUUUACUACUGUUUGUCCAAACUCGGCCUUGAAUUCAACAUGCCUAUUGUUGAAGCAGUUGCUAAAUCUUUCUAUGAAAUUGCGUUGGAUCAAUACGGUUGUUGUGUGGUUCAACAAUGUAUUAGCCACUCCCCUGAUGAGGUAAAACAAUAUUUGAUCGGCGAGAUAAUCCUCAAUGCUUUACCAUUCUCCAGUCACUGCUACGGAAACUAUCUGGUUCAAUUUGUGGUGACUGAACUGGACGAUGGAAGGACAGAAGAUCUUCUGAGACGGCUUGGAGGAUGUUUCUCGGCUCUGUCUCGGGACAAGUACGGAAGUCACGUUGUCGAGAAGCUUCUGAAAGAUUUGAAGGAAGAAUUUUCUAGAAGAAUCCAAUGGGAGGUUCUUAGAGAUGCUCGUAUACUUCUUGUCCAUCCAAAUGGAAACUUUGUCAUGCAGACUACAUGGAAAGUAUCCCAGGACGAUAUACGAAACAAAUUGAAGGCAUACAUUCUAGAGAACAUUCAAGUAAUGAGGUGCAACAAGUUUGGUAAGAAAGUACUGAAUAAGAUAAAAAAUUUCUGAAGUUGCAGUGAAAUUUUUACAAAAGGAGGUGUUAGGGUGUUUGGUCGGUGGAAGACAUGGAUUCUUGGUUAGUGUUUUUUUUUUCGUUCUGUUGGUUUUUUUUAAUAUGUG